AAAUAUACAACAGAGAAUUGAGUCACUCGUAUAUAGACAGAGAAGGAGAUAUACAGAGAGAGAGAGAGAGAGAGAGAGAGAGAGAGAGAGAGGGAGCAAAAGCCAUCUGUGUGCCAUCUGGUUCUUUCUCUCCCAUUUUUUCUUGGUUUCUUGGUGGGAUUUCUGGUUUCUCUAAACCAGGAGCAACCAUAUAUUUAUAACGAGGAUUAUUAAUUAUUACUUUUUUAUUUAUAAUAAUAAAUAAUUGUUAGAGAGAUUAUGGGGAGGGGAAGGGUGCAGCUGAAGAGGAUUGAGAACAAGAUCAACAGGCAGGUGACCUUCUCAAAGAGAAGGUCGGGGCUGAUGAAGAAAGCUCAAGAGAUUUCUGUACUUUGUGAUGCUGAGGUUGCUUUGAUUAUCUUCUCCACCAAAGGCAAGCUCUUUGAGUACUCCAAUGAUUCCUGCAUGGAAAGGAUCCUGGAAAGGUACGAAAGAUACUCAUAUGCAGAGAGGCAGCUUCUUGCAAAUGAUAAUGAAUCCACUGGAAGUUGGACUCUGGAACAUGCAAAGCUCAAGGCUAGGGUGGAGGUUUUACAAAGAAAUCAAAGACACUAUAUGGGAGAAGAUCUCCAAUCCUUAAGUCUCAAAGAGCUUCAAAAUUUAGAGCAACAGCUUGAUUCUGCACUGAAGCACAUAAGGUCAAGAAAGAACCAAGUUAUGUACGAAUCGAUUUCUGAGCUCCAGAAGAAGGAUAAGGCAUUGCAGGAGCAAAACAACUUGCUGGCAAAGAAGGUGAAGGAGAAGGAGAAAGCAGUAGCUCAACGGCCACAAUUGGAGCAUGCGCAGGAGCAGAGGUUGGACUCCUCUUCCUCCCUUCUUCCACAGGCAUUGCAGUCCUUGAACUUCGGCAGCGGGUCCAAUUACCAGGCCAUUAGAUCAAGUGAGGGAAUACCAGGAGAUAAUCAGCAGGAUGGAGAUGAAACUCCAACUCCACGUAGACCUAACAUGCUGCUGCCCCCUUGGAUGCUCCGCCACCUUAAUGAAUAGAAGAAUUCAUCACCAUGAAAUAAUAUUAUCUCCAAAGGGAAUAAUAUUAUAUAACAUCAAUUAAUCAAGUAAACAUAUUAUACUUAUAUAUAUCUAUAUAUCUAUACCAAGAAAUUAAUUGGUAAUGUGCAUGAUGAAAACCCUAGACUCGAUCUAGCUCCAAAUGUGUAUCGUAUGUUGGAAUUCAAUUAAUAUAUCUUAAGGGCUAGUUUGGUAUUA